AUGACUUUAACUGGAGAAUCCACCACUUGGCCAAUCACUAACACUAUUAAACCAGCAAGAUAUUUAAUAGUUGGUUUCAAGAACUUACCAGAUUCUCAAACGAAUAACAAUAAUGUCUUUAGAGUGGCAAUGAACCAAACUCAAGAUCCUUUAAUCCAUAAAGUUCAAGUAAGAUUAAACAACGAUAAUUAUCCUAAACAACCUUUAACAAUUAAUCCAACCACAAAGGAUUAUAAUGAAUUGUAUAGAAACUAUAAAAAUAUGUGUGAAUUAUUUGGAAAUCUACCUCAGUUUGAAUAUGUAGAUUUUGCACUUAAUCAUCCAAUCUUCUGUUUUGAUCUAUCAGCUCACCAAGAAGAUCUUUUCAAAACAGGAGUGAACAUAAAUAUUCAUAUUGAAAAAACACAAGGAGAUGUAACAGAAACUUUAGUCAAGAAAAUAAUAGAAGCUAUAGAAACAGCUUCACCAACUACAAUAACUUAUAAUGGUAAAAAAAUCAGCAUAACUAAAAAACUUAUUGAUAAAUACAAAUAUUGUAAAGUCAGAGACGAUAUAGACUUUGAAAGAAUUGACGCGAACGCAAAAGAAGGUGGAUUUAUAUUUUCGCUACCUUUAAUAUUUAGUGGACUUAUUGCAGCCGGUACAAUAGCUGGUGCUGCAGCUGGUGGAGUAAAAGCUGCCAACGAUAAGAAAGCAGAUGAAGAAACAGCUGCUGCCAACGCAAAAAAAGCAGCCGAAGAACAUAGACAUAAUUUAAAAAUGUAA